GGUUACAUUCUAUAUAUUCUUCAGUUCCUUGAAAAAUAUCUUUUUGCAUACUUUCACGUCGGUCUUUAUAGAGAAGUCAAGUAGUUGUUGUUUUUAGACAUUUCGGAGCCUCAAAUAUCACCUACUCGAGUUCACCCAGACUCUACGUCAGGACUAUGCGUCCAAAUUCACUUCCUAAGUGCCUGCUGCAGGUCGCAGUUUGUGCUAUUGCACUCAUUCCUGUCACACACGCGAUACUACCUACUGUUUAUUCAACUGUCACUCGUUAUAGAAUCUCAGUCGUUCCACAAUACACGACUUAUACUGAUGUCUCUUUUUCAAUCCUUACUUAUACUGCACCCCCUUCAAUUCACACGGAAUAUGUUACUGCUACAGAGGUCAAGCGUAGAACUACGACUUUCUUCGAAGGGACAACAACUGUGAUCGAGCCGGCUCAAACUGUUUUUGCAUCCGAAUGUGGUAGCACCACACAAUCUUCUUCUGCGGCGCCUUCAUCAGACCUUCUUAGCAGCUCGACUGUAUCUUCUGAAUUUACUUCAUCUUCUGGUUUCACAGUUCCACCAGUUAAUAAUGCCGCUUCUGGCUCUUCAUUAACUAGUGAAGCAUCAACAGCUUCAGCUCCCCAGGUCACCUCCGAGCUACCCGGUACAACCAGUGAGCCUACAGUAACAGAAGGUUUCAGUACCGAAGAACCAGGAGCUACAACUCAACCAUCUUCGGAACCAACUCGGGUUUCAUCUGGCGAUACACCAGCUGGUACUUAUAAUGCCGUGGACUGUUAUUCAGAUGAAGAGGGUACUGGCUUUCCAUUGGCUCCGCCUAUUACAGACAGUACAGAUCCAAAUAUUUAUGACACAGUCAAUCACUGCCUUGUAUUUUGCUCUACAGCUGAUGGAGGCAGACCAUUCAGGUAUUCAGGAAUCGGACCAGGACAUUGUUAUUGUUCAAAUGGAUUGCUUGAAGCUGAACCAGCCACCGAUUGUUCAUACCCAUGCCCAGGUGAUUCGACACAAAUAUGUGGAGGAGAACCUGCUCCAACUAGAAAACUCAGACGUCGUGCACCUGGAACCUCGAUUAUUAUUUACGAGUUGGCUGGAUACGUUCCUCCAACAUCAGUCGCUUCUACAGAUGUCGGUCCAACUGAGACACCAAGCCCCAGCUCAGCGAGUGAAAUCAUUGCCACUGAGGAACCUGGCAUUACUUCUACAGAUAUUAUUCCAACGGAGACUCUAGGAGCUUCUUCGACAACUGAAAUUAUUGUUACCGAAGAACCAGGAACUACAAGCACUACUGGGGCUGUCAACACCGAAGAACCCGGAGCUACAAAUACAUCCGCAGUUUUAACAGAAGGGUCUGGGGCUACGAGUACUACUGAGGCUGUUAGUACUGCAGAAUCAGGAAUUAGUUCCACAACUGAGGUCAUAAAUACGGAAGAACCAGGAGUGACAAGCAUCUCAGAAGGUAUUGUAAGCACGAGCGAGCCCGGAGCUACAGCCACUUCGGAAGCUGUUAACACCGGAGAGCCAGGUGUCACUAGUACUUCGGAAGUUGUCAAUACUGAGCAGCCGGGAGCUACUAGCACAACAGAGACAGUCAGUAGCACGGGUACCGGUAUUCCACCUGUCAAUAACGUCGCGUCUGGAAGCACAACCACUUCUUACGGUACUGAGUCUACCACUGAGGUAUUUACCGAGCCAGGAGUAACUUUCACCUCCGAAGCCGAAGAGACAGGCGUUAUCACAACCUCUGGUCCGGAAGAGACUGAGAUUUUGAGUACCGAGGGACCUGGAGUUACGACGACUUCGGAGGUUGUAAAUACGGAAGAGCCAGAAGCAAUGUCAACUACAAGCCCCGAAGAAACUGGGCCACCUAACACAACUUCGCAGGCUGUAAGCACCGAAGAACCAGGAGUUAGCACCACUUCAGGUGGCCCUGAGGGAACAAGUACUGGUACUGGCAUUCCACCUGUAAACAAUGUAGCAUCUGGCAGCACAACAACAUUAACAACAGUUGAACCGCCCGAGUCUACCACGGAAGCGGGGUUGACUACCGAAAUUGGAUAUACAACGACGGCUCCUGUAUCCACAAGUGAGCAAGGCGUAUCAUCUACAAGCUCUUCCCCGGCAUCCACAUCUAUUGCCCCCCCUUCAUAUAGUUAUACCUGCGCAAGUAUACCAAAUCUAUUCAAAGUAGUUAUUGAUGAACCUGGCAAGCCAAAGCAAUGGUUAUCUCAACUUAACUUUCCAAGUAGUGGAACUGUUGAAGGUACAUGGGGCUAUGAUACAUUACCACCUGUAUUAUCAAGCUCCCAAGCAGCUCGUUUCAAUAUUGGAUUUGGCAACGCUUUCCAAGCAAAACGUCAAUCUGAUAAUGCACCAAUCUCAGCUGCUGUUCGAUUGACCGCUUUAGGAUCUCCUCUUCAGCUUUUCACUGCGGAUCACAUUUCAGACAGCAUGAGAGUUUUUACUGCUAGUAUUGGAGCAGAUUGUUCACUUGGCUUGGAUAUUCCGAACACUGGAGACAAUAUUUUGGCUAUAUGCAGUGGUAUAUUUACUAUUCUGACACCAGCUAAACAAAUUCAAAGGGGAAGUGCAUGUACUCAAGUUAGAGCUUUUGCUGUUGCAAUCAAUGGAGCUUCAUCAACAUUAUCAACAACUAUUGCUUCACCCACAGUAUCAAGCACAGGUUUUAUUGGCACUGAAUUAUCCCAAACCGGAGUUUCUUCUACUCCAUUGAUUGCAACAACUAUACCAUCGGGAACUUCCGGCUUGAUGACAGGUACCUCAACCUUCUCACCUAUUUCAACUUCAACUACAAUUGCUGGAUGUCCUGUUGCACCAUCUUUCAGAAUCCUGGUAAACCAGAAAGGUAUGCCAGCACAAUAUCUAUGGGAUCCUGUCUCAUUUGGUGAUGAUGCUUUAUCAUUCACCACAGAUCCAGAACAGAGUUUGACCUUCUCAUUAUCACCUACUACUGGCCAACUUCAAUUUAAUAUAGUAGAUUUCUUUGGAAAUCCUGUAUUAUUGGCAUCUAAUCAAGAUACUCACAAUGCUGGGAAUGAAGCAAUUUUCUUCUCUACUGCUACUAAAUAUCAACAACUUGGCUACCAACCUGUUGUGGCAUCUAUCAAUUCAGAUUGUUCCAUCGGUUUGACAUUACCAUAUAAUGCCGCAAAUAUUAUACAAGCUUGUCACGGAUCAAUCUAUUUGAUGUUAUCACCUGGAUUAGGUUGUGUGACUGUUUCAUUGUUGAUGUUACCUUUUGAUCCUUUGGCCACAACCACGGCCAUUACAUCUACCAUGUCUUUUUUAGUCUAAGUUCGGCGAGUCUGGAAAGCCCCUCUAUUACUUCGACUGAAAGCACUUUUUCUUUCUCAUCAGUUGAAUUAUCUAGCGGAUCGCUAGCUACCAGCUCGCCCGUCUUUACGAAUACA